AUGUUUAACGGUACAAAAAUCAAUAUCGCUAUCUUACUUACUAAAGUUCAACUUCGUAGUCCAUCAGUUAACCCAUUUUUACAAAAAGCCUUAUUCACAAAAUUUCACUGUCACAACUCGAGUAAGAGUUUUUCUACCUCGCAACAUUCAGAGCAAUCUGAUACAAAAGUUGAUCAAGACAAACCUCAUAGGUUGCAAGAGAAAAAUUUACUUUUAUGGGGACAUGAAUCGGAAAGUGCGUUCGAUGAUUACAGAAAUACACAGGAUAACUUGAAUAGAAAAACGGUACUAAAUCAGGCUGAGCCGCCAGAAAAAGAACCAAAAGGUUCUGAUGAUUAUACUCUUAAUGUUGGUAGAGCAAUUCGUACAUUACGAUCCGAUCUCUCUUUGUUUUUUGAACACGGUCUUACUGAUACAUCAGUUUAUUCGCAAAACAUCCUUUUAUCGGAUCCUUAUCAUACAGGACUCCAUGUACGUGGGAAGCACGUGUAUAUAGGUAUUGCCAAUCUGUUAAGAUGGAGUCUGGUCUGGUAUUUUGACGAUUUAACGUUGGAAAUAUUAAAGAUUCAUGUAGUUGACAAUGAUGCAGAAAAUGGUUCAGGACAUGAUGAAUAUUUUAAAGAUCCGACUUUCGAUGAUACUUUGGGCGAGAAACUUCAGAAUUCUAAAAAGGUCCCACUUUCUAGGGAUCAGAUUACUUCUUCGGAAUUGCCCAUACAGUCCUCAAAUAGAAAUAGAAACACACGUCUCUUUAUUCGUUGGUCACUCGAAGGAACCCCCCGAUCGUCUUAUAUUUUCUCAAUGUUUUCUUCUCGCAGCACGCGAAUUCCGCGAUCAACUUUCUCGGGGGUUUUCAUGUAUAAAUUUGAUCUUAAAAAUGGUUUAAUAUCUGAGCAUCAUGUUAAGAAUAUUAUACCUGCACCGAGUCGCAGGGCCGUGUUAUAUCAGGGCUUUGGUGGGCUUGGAGGAUUACUGUGGCGUAUUAGAAGUGGAAUGAGACAAAAGAACGAAUGGGGAGUAGGGAAUCCUAAUCCUGAACUGAAGUAUAAAAAACAGUUUGAAAUAUAUUUAAAGCAGAAAUAUCCAAAGGCAAUGUUGGAAUAUUAUAUUUAA